AUGCUUUAUCUCAUCGGGUUGGGGCUCUCCCACCCCAGCGACAUCACUGUGCGUGGGCUUGAGACGGUGAAGAAGUGUCUGAGAGUAUACCUUGAGGCGUACACGCUGAUCCUUAUGGCGGCGCUGAAGGAGGAGUUGGAGAAGUACUAUGGCAAGGAGGUGAUUCUCGCCGACCGAGAACUUGUCGAGUCGGGGGCCGACGAAAUCCUUCGCGACGCCGAUAAGGAGGACGUCGCCUUCCUCGUCGUGGGUGACGUGUUUGGCGCCACCACCCACACCGAUCUCGUCAUCCGGGCCCGGGAAGAAGGGAUUGCGGUGGAGCUGAUCCACAACGCCCUGGUGAUGAAUGCCGUCGGCGCCUGCGGGCUUCAGCUCUACAACUUUGGCCAGACGGUGUCGCUCGUGUUUUUCUUGGACAACUGGCGCCCGGACUCGUUUUACGACAAGGUGAAGCAAAACCGCCAGUUGGGGUUGCACACGUUGGUGCUCUUGGACAUCAAGGUCAAGGAGCAAAGCUGGGAAAACAUGGCCAAGGGGCUCAAGAUCUACGAGCCCCCGCGGUACAUGGACAUUGCCACUGCCGCCUCGCAGAUGUUGGAAGUGGAAGAGAAGCGCGGCGAACAGGCAUACACCCCCAACACCCCCUGUGUGGCGGUGUCGCGUCUUGGCCUGCCCACGCAAAAGUUCAAGGCGGCCACGUUGAAGGAAUUGAGUGAGUACGACGCCGGGGAACCCUUGCACUCGUUGAUCGUGAUGGGGAGACAGACGCACGACUUGGAGUUGGAGUACUUGUACCAAUACGUUGACGACAAGGAAAAGUUCAAGAAAAUGGUUGAAGAGGACCAGGAGUUCUUCAAGCCGGCUCCGUGGGUGCCGCCCCCUGAAUCUGAGUCCGACGACGAGUAG